CAGCAGGACUGACGUCGUCCGGCCAGCCAAUCAGGAGCGUCCAGGUCACAGCUGCGGUCAGAGGCGGUAGUGGCAGAAGAAGAAAAGAUGGCUGCAGCGAGGAACGGGAAGAGCGGGCUGCUGGAGAAGUGGAGGAUCGAUGAGAAGCCGGUGAAGAUCGAUAAGUGGGACGGAGCCGCGGUGAAGAACUCUCUGGACGAUGCUGCCAAGAAGGUUCUCCUGGAGAAGUACGGCUACGCGGAGAACUUCCGGCUGGUGGACGGACGUCUCCUGAUCUGCACCGUCUCCUGCCUCUUCGCCAUGCUGGCUCUGGUCUGGGACUACCUGCACCCGUUCCCCGAGUCCAGACCGGUCCUGGCCUGCUGUGUCAUCUCCUACUUCAUCAUGAUGGGCGUCCUCACCCUCUACACGUCCUACAAGGAGAAGAACAUCUUCCUGGUGGCUCUGCAGCGGGACCCGGCCGGCAUGGACCCGGACCACGUGUGGCAGCUGUCGUCCUCGCUCAAACGGUUCGACGACCAGUACUCCCUGCGGGUGUCCUUCACCGACGGGAAGUCCCGGGCCUUCCGGGAGGCGGAGUUCACCCGCUCCGUCUCCGCCUUCUUCGACGACCAGGGGACGCUGGUGAUGGACCGCUUCGAGAAGAGCGUCUCCGAACUGCACGACACGCUGGCCUCCGACAAGAAGACCAAAUGAGACGCCCGGACACGCCCUCCUCCGCCCGCCUCCGCCCACCUCCACCCAGCGGCUGCCUUUCCAACAGAACCCAUUGACCCUGAACACAUCACUCACUCUGGGGGAGCAGAAGGGGCGGGACUUCCUGUCCAGGAUGCUCUGCAGGCUGAACGAUGCGUUCGGGUGUCACUCCGUCGGUUACUCCAUCUGGCAUCAGCCGUGUUCACAGAACUCAUGUUCGAUUCCCGUGUUCAUGCUGAGGGCGGGGCCACGAGGACCAAUCGGAUUGGGGGAGGGGCUUCAGAAGCUCCGCCCUCAAGAUAAUAGCGUGAAAAGAAUGUCCCAGAACAGAGCAAACCGAUUAUCUGUCAGGAAGCCCUCCUGCUGUCAGGAGGCGGGGCUUCUCGUGCCUGUCAGCUUCUGAUUGGUGGAUUCAGUCUGGUGUGAAGAGUCAUCAGAGAAUUUACCAAGGGAGCAGAAAAUCCUGCUCUUCCUCCACGCUUCAUCUUCUCUUCUCUUCUCCUCUUGCUCUUUAUCUCCUCUUCCUCCACUCUUCACCUCCUCUCCUCUUCUUCUUUUUCUCCUCCUCUUCCUCCACUCUUCACCUCCUCUCCCUCUUGUUCUUCCCUGUUAAAGGAAUUUUGUGAUUUGACAAUCUGGACAGUUGAAAGGUCAAAUUGUAGGUCAGUGGGCGGAGUCACGUGAUGAGGUCACACAGGUGAAGCCCCUCCCCUCCAGCUGUGAUUGACCUGUGUGACCCCUCCGUUCCAGCUCCACGGUUCAUUUUAGUGAUUUUUUUUUUCUUCCCAUCUUUUUUUCAUGUUGUCUUCAAAACUUUGAUUUUAAUUGAAAAGUUUUUUUGUGUCCAGGAUUGUCUCCCUGCUCUGUCGGGGCAGCUGGGCUGUUCUGCCCCGCUCUUGGGGCAGUUUUUGAAGUUAUUUUGUUUGUUUUUUUAUUGUUUGAAAGUAUUAAAAAAAGUUCAACAGA